AUGACUUGUAGUCCCUGUGUACUCCGAGUGGAUGCGGUUAGUCGGGGUAGUCGGGUUGGUCCUCGGGAGAGCUCGCGCGGCUUGGCAUUCUGGAAAUUUCUCAAGUCUGGAUUCCCCCGGACGGCUUUUCUCUUCCCUCUCCCCAUCCCACGCACAUCACUUCUUGGCCUUACGACUCCAUCCCUCAUCACAAUGCGCAUCAAGCCCGAGGCCAAGACUGCCUCCGGUAUCUUCCUCCCUGAGAGCAGUGUCAAGGAGCAGAACGAGGCCAAGGUCCUCGCCGUCGGCCCCGGUGCCUUUGACAAGGAUGGCAAGCGCCUUCCCAUGGGUGUCGCUUCCGGUGACAAGGUUCUGAUUCCCCAGGUACGUUACGCCCUUCUCGCCUCCGCGUUCUUCCGCGUCGCAUCGGCGAUGCAGCACAUCGCCUUGACGACGCCAAACUCCUAUGGUCUUUUUGAGUCAAUGCUAACGUACCUUUUUCAUCAGUUCGGUGGUAGCCCCCUCAAGGUUGGCGAGGAUGAGUACACCCUCUUCCGGGACUCCGAGAUCCUGGCCAAGAUCAACGAGUAA